AAGCGUGUGGGUGUGCGCUUUCUUUGAGUUGGUGGUGAUGUGCUGCACGCCGCUAUGCCCAACAUGGAGAAAACAAUCGUGGUCAGGCUGGAGAAGACGCACAAGACGAACUUGGGGAUGCACGUUGAUGGGCUGAGCUUGGCGGUGUGCUUGGUGGAAGGGCGGGGUCUGGUGGCGGAAUGGAACGCCGCGUUCCCCAGCUGCGCCGUGGAGCCUGGGGACCGCGUGGUGUCGGUGAACGGCGCACAGCAUCCGGAGCUGGUGAUGGAGCAGCUGGCAGCAGAGUCGGUGUUGCAGCUGGUGGUGGCGAAGCAGGGCGCCCUGGCUGCGGCCCUGGCGCCCCAGGCCCAGUACUCGGUGCAGCUGCGCCGAGAGGAGUCAGACACCUUUGGCCUGGAGGUGAACCCUGACACUGCGGAGGUUGUGCAGGUGCUCGACGACGGCCGGGCGGCCGUUUGGAAUGCCUGGCACCCCUUCCGCGCGCUGGCGGUGGGUGACCGGAUCGUGGAGAUCAACGGCGUGCACGUAGGGAGGCAUCGCCUGCUGGAGACGGAGCUGGACGUGGACCUGGUGGUGCUGCGGGGAUCGGGCGCCGCCUUCGGCACCUUCGGGGUGUCGUUUGCGCGGGUCGACGAGAAGCUGGGCUUCGGCCUGAACAAGGCCAUGGAGGUGGAACGCAUGGAGGGCGGCGGCGUAGCGCAGCUGUGGAACGCCGCCAACCCCAUCAACAAGCUGCGACUGGGGGACAGGAUCCUGCAGGCCAACCGCAAGACCGGGGCAGCGGCGAUGUUGGGGGAGAUGAAGUCCGCCGGCGCGAAAGCCGGCGGCGCAGCCCUGGGCUUGGUGGUGGCGCGGGCGGAGCGGCGCUUCGACGCGGAGAAUCAGCGCUUCUUCAGCCUCAAGGAGUGCCAAGCGGAGUGGCCCAAGGACUCCCAGAAGCGAUGGGGCGCCAUGUCUUCAGUGCAGCCUGAGGCGGCUGGGCCAGCGGGUGCCGCCGGGGCGACGGGGAGCACUUUUAUUCUGGAGCUGCGUCACGAGGGCCAGGGCCCGGGCUUCGACCUGGACGCCCGGAAGAUCGCCAAAGUCCACGACGGCGGCGUGUUGGCCGCCUGGAACCGCCAGCGCCCCGCCCAGGCCGCCAUGGUGGGGGACCAGGUGCUGGAGGUGAAUGGCUUUGCGGGCCAAAAGGCGCUGGAGGAGCUCAAGAAGAGCAAGACCGUGAGGCUGACGCUGCUGCGCCAGAACGCGAUGUCCACCUUUGGGGUGACCUUCCAGCGGCAAGCCAAAGAGAAGUUGGGCUUUAAGACCAACGAGCAGCUGGAGCUCGCACGGGUGGAGGCGGAGGGCCUGGUGCCGGCCUGGAACGCGGGCAACCGCUUGCACCAGCUGCACCUAGGGGACCGGAUCCUGCAGGUGGGAGAGGUGGCCUCUGCGGCCGAGAUCUUCCAACGCCUGCAGAAGGCCCCGGAGCUGGAGCUGGUGCUCGCCAGGUGUCCGCGGCGCUUGGACGCCAGCGGCGCCGUGCUGACCUUCCGGGAGUGCCAGGCGGCCUUCGGCGCGGACGCUGCCGCCCGCUGGGCGGCCAUGGGGCCGGUGCCCGAGGCGCCCGCUCCGCCGCCGAAGGCGCCGGCUCCGAAGGAGCCUGCGCAGUUUCUGCGCAACACUGGCAACGAUGACCGGCCCAUGCUGGCAAACGAAUCCUUUUACAGGUCCCUCGCGGACGUGCGGCCCUCGCCCGGCGGCGGACUCCGCCGCGGCAAUGCGCCGGCGCUGCCGGCGCCGCCGGCGCCGCCGGCGGAAGCGAAGCCGCGGUCGAGCUUCAGCUGUCCCUGCUGCAACCAUCUCUUCCACGUCUUCGUGGAGGACGGGGCCUACCAUACGCAGCCCGUCUCGGGGGCGCUGGCUGGGGUGCGCCUGCAGCCGCAGAGGGAUUGGGUCUUCAAGGCCUUUGGCCGGGUCUUCGGCGCCACGUUGUCGAAACGGGGCAAGGAGGACUUGGUGAUCGACCCAGGGAGCUUGGUCCUUCAAAGCCUCAAGGAUGCUGGGGCGGUGGCCAAGUGGAACCAACAGCAGCCGGCCGCCGCGGUGGUGGUUGGGGACUUGGUGCUGGAGGUGAACAGCAAACCUGCGCACCAAGCCCUGCAGGAGCUGCAGGCCCCGGAGCCAGAUUUGCAGCUGCUCCUGGCGCGGCCGUUGGGUGGGGCUACCUUCGCUGUGGAGCCGCAGGUGGGGAAGAAAGGACUGGACUGGCAGCUGAGCCAAAACCUGGUGCUGAUCACAUCCCCAGCUUCCGAUGCCUCUGCGGACUCGGACAAGGCGCCGGAAUUGCCCUGGCCGGUGCAGGGGGACAAGGUGGUGCAGGUGAACCAGUGUGUGGGCUUGGAGUCCAUGCGCAAGGAAAUCGAGAAGUCGAAGCAGCUCACCAUCAUCGUAAUGAGACGCAGGUGACCUGAUCUGCCGCACAUUCCCGAUAACUACGUCGAUCUCGAUGCGCAUCGAGCAGAACCUCAGUUCUUCAAAGCCGAGCCGAAGGCUGCACGGCGAGCGACGGCGAAGCGGGACCCGGACCGCAACGAGCUGGCGAGGAGGCAAGCGACCGGACACUGAGCCUCCGUGCGGAUGGGAGCCUCCGGAGACUCAGCACGUAGCAGUUUUUCUAGACGAG